AUGAAUCUUCUUAUGAAAAGUUUCGCCGUUCGAGAAUGCCCAAAAAGAAAAAUCCUUUCUUCAUAUUUAACAUCCCCACUAAAAAUCUUUUCUUAUGAUCAAAAAAUUCAAAAUUUCUCAGUUAAUAAGUGUGCAUAUUCUCACAUAUGUAAGCCACCGCUUACGAAAUAUGUAACGUGUUCAUUGAAACAAAAGUGUUACCGACUGGUUGGUUUUGCUACGAAGCCAAAUUCUUUGACUGUCGGUUUACCAACAUCUAUAAAAAUAUUAUCAAUACGCCGUUGCUUUUCUUCGUCUCACAAAAAUCGCUUACAAAAGCCUAAAACACCCUUUUUAUUACCCCCUCCCAGUGAGCAUCGAUCAAGUCCCCACGUUGCAACGGUGACAGCAAUCCUUAUUUGUUUAAUCAACUUUUUUUUCUUUUGGCAUUGGGACCUUGCAAGAAAUGAGAUAAGAUCUCUACAAGAUUUUCAAAGGUUCAAUUGGAUGUUGAAACAUACGCAGUGCUCUUUACAAAACUUGUACGAAGGUCGCUGGUGGACAUUAGUUACUAGUCUUUUUUCGCAUCAAGAUUUAACUCACCUUCUUGUCAAUUGCAUCGCUAUUUAUUCUUUCAUGACUGUAAUCGUUUACCGGUUUGGUAUUCUACGAUCAUUAUCUACAUAUUUUUUGUCCGGUGUUAUGGGAAAUUUUGUAGUUUUAGAAAGGUUACUAAGAAAAGAUGAUGCAGUUACUUUAAAAGGCCCUUUGCAUGUAUGGGACAUCCUUUUCAGAAAGGACAAUCUUUUUGAAACCCAAAGUUGUCUGAAAAAUAUGAGGAGUAAGUUAACAUUGUCAUCAUAUGCGACCAAAAAGGGUGUGGAAAUGUUGCCUCUAAGUUGGAGAAAGGGAGUACUUGGAGCUUCAGGUUCUGUCUACGGUAUUAUGGCAUUAUUUGCCUGUACUUAUCCGUUUGCUCAAUUUGUGCUGUUUUUUGUUAUUCCUGCUAGAGCGUCAACAAUCUUACCUCUUGAUUUUUUUGUUGAAUCGCUUCUCAUCACCUUGAAUUAUGACGAUAAAACCCAAAUAGCUUUCGAUGCUCAUGUUACCGGGAUACUUUUGGGUACAUUGUCUUCUUUUUUACUUAUUCCAAAAGUAUGGCGCGCUAGAUUUAUGUACAAAAAUAGCUUGUGA